AGGGUAGGGUAGAAUACAGUCACAGUCCACCACAACAGAGGAACCACACCCAGCUUCCUCACCACCACCAACCCUUGCGGAAAAGAAUCAGAGAUGGCCACCGAACUUGUUGUCCAAAGUGAGCGUGCUUUCCAAAAGCAACCUCACAUCUUCCAGAACGCCAAGAAGGCUGCCGGCAACCGCCGUUGGUACAAGGAUGUCGGUUUGGGUUUCAAGACCCCUUCCGAGGCCAUCCGUGGUGAGUACAUCGACAAGAAGUGCCCCUUCGUUGGUCAAGUCUCCAUCCGUGGUCGUAUCCUCACCGGUACCGUCGUUUCCACCAAGAUGCACCGUACCGUUGUCAUCCGCCGUGAGUACUUGCAUUUCAUCCCCAAGUACAACCGUUACGAGAAGCGUCACAAGAACUUGUCCGCUCAUCUCUCUCCUGCUUUCCGUGUCAGCGAGGGUGACGUCGUCACCGUUGGUCAAUGCCGUCCUUUGAGUAAGACCGUCCGCUUCAACGUUCUUCGCGUUGUUAAGCACUCUGAGGGCUCCAAGCGUUUCGGCAAGUUCUAAAAAGCUAAUAACUUGGUUGAAUCGAAAAUUCGGUGAUUUCUUUGAGUAAUUUAGGGUUAUGUGGGGUGUUUUUAGCGGGGUAAUAGAGUUGUAGGGGUACGGAGUUCGGUGA